AUGUACACCACAGAACCACAAAAUGAACAUUUGGAGGAUAAAAAUACCCCAUCAUCUACAACUCCUCAGAUCCUCAAAGAUAGUAGUAUUCGUGAACGUGAAGAAACUAAGGAAAGUGUCUUGUCACAAACAGAGGAAACAAAACCACAGAAGGAAAAGAAGUAUUCUUGUCCUCCACAAGGAAAUGUGAAUAAAGUUAUUACAAACGGAGUUGCACUUUUUAUGUUAUGGUGUGUAGCCUGGUCAUUCUCAGGCCCCGAAGUUCUCCCUGGUGGAAAUUUAUUUGGACUAUUAAUUAUUUUUUAUAGUGCCAUGAUUGGGGGGAAAAUUUUGGAACUCAUUAGAAUACCUUCAGUGCCUCAACUUCCACCUCUUCUUGGGAUGUUACUGGCAGGUUUUACCAUCAGGAAUGUUCCAUUCCUCAGUGAUUACAUCCAUAUUAAUAACACAUGGUCUUCAACUUUAAGAAACACUGCCCUUACCGUUAUCCUAAUACAAGCUGGGCUUGGACUCGAUCCACAGGCUUUGAAGCAUUUGAAGAGAGUUUGUUUAAGAUUGGCUCUAGGUCCAUGCCUCGUAGAGGCAUGUUCAACUGCUGUUAUUUCCCACUUCCUUAUGAAUUUUCCCUGGCAAUGGGGAUUUCUUUUGGGUCUUUCUAUUAGUUUUGUAGUAGGCGCUGUCUCUCCUGCUGUUGUUGUCCCUUCCAUGCUACUUUUGCAAGAAAAUGGAUAUGGUAUUAAGAAAGGCAUUCCAACCUUACUAAUAGCUGCUAGCAGUUUGGAUGACAUCAUCGCAAUCACUGGAUUCAGUGCGUGCUUGAGCAUAGCCUUCUCCUCAGGCAGUGUACUUAAAAAUAUCCUUGCCUCUUUCCGGGACAUACUUAUUGGUGUGCUGGCAGGAGCUGUUUUGGGAAUUUUUGUUCGAUAUUUUCCAAGUGAAGAUCAGACAAAACUUUCACUGAAGAGAGCAUUCCUUAUUUUGAGUAUGUGUGUUUCCGCUGUCUUGGGCAGCCAUCAUAUUGGUUUACAUGCAGCUGGAGGAUUAUUCACACUAGCGUUGUCUUUUGUUGCUGGGGUAAAUUGGUCCACGGAAAAGAUUAGAGUCCAAAGAGUUAUUAAAACUGUAUGGUAUAUUUUUCAACCCCUUCUUUUUGGUUUGGUUGGAUCAGAAGUAUCUGUUACAUCUCUUAAAUCAAAUGCUAUUGGCAUUUGUGUUGUUACCAUGAGUUUGGCAUUAUUGGUUCGAAUUUCUUGUACUUUUUUAUUGAUGUGUUUUGCUGGUUUUAGUUUUAAGGAGAAAAUAUUUAUUGCUUUAUCGUGGAUCCCCAAAGCUACAGUCCAGGCUGUAUUAGGUCCCCUGGCUCUAGAAACAGCAAGCAUCAGCGCACCCCACUUGGAACCAUAUUCAAGGGAUGUGAUGACAAUAGCAUUUUUAGCCAUCUUGAUCACAGCUCCAAAUGGAGCUCUAAUUAUUGGCAUACUGGGUCCCAAAGUACUUGCACGCCAUGAUCCAAGCAAAAUCAAUGUGAAAUUGACAAAAUUAGAUCUUCAUUAA